UUGCCGUGAGGAUCUUACUACAGCCCCGCGCAUACAACGGAUUGAUCAGUUUCACCGAAAAAAACCUCUUGGAUCUUAUUUUAACACAAAAAGGAGGGUUCAACAGCAAGAUAUUGACAAAGGAAGAAGAAAAACACCACCGGAUUUCAAAUGUUUCUGUCUGGGAAAUUACACUUUUAAAAGGAAUUAGCCAAGAAACCAGCACAAAGCAUCCCAGGACUCUGAGGUAGACAGGGACAUGUACCAGGGAUUUCCCGGUGGCUUUGACUCCGGCUCCCGUGACAGCUCUUCCCCCUCUGCUGAGUCCCAGUACCUCAGCCCUCCGACCACCACUGCUUCGCAAGAGUGCACUGCAGCAGUGUCGGAGAUGCCUGGCUCAUUUUUGCCCACCGUGACGGCCAUCACCACUAGCCAGGACCUUCAGUGGAUGGUCCAGCCCACACUCAUCUCCUCUGUGGCCCCGCAGCAGCCCCAGGCCCCCGUGGCUGUGUCUCACCAGGGCCCCCUUGUGGAUCCGUACGAUCAGCCCAGCACCAGCUACAGUGCGGGUUACACCCCACCCAGCGCCGAGGCUCCAGGGCCUAGCAGGCCCACACGAGCGCGCACACGACGGCCCCGCGAAGAAACUCUCACCCCAGAAGAGGAGGAGAAGCGACGUGUCCGCAGAGAACGGAACAAACUCGCUGCAGCCAAGUGCCGCAACCGCCGGCGUGACCUCACUGACCGCCUGCAAUCGGAGACAGACCAGCUGGAGGAGGAGAAGGCGGAGCUGGAGGCUGAGAUCUCGGAGCUGCACAAAGAGAAGGAACGACUGGAGUUCAUGCUGGUGGCUCACCAGCCUACCUGCAAAAUCCCCUUUGAGGAGCAGCAGCAGCAGCAGCAGCAGCAGCAGCAGCAGCAGGGGCUGGAACAGCACCAGGCGGCUGGGCCUUCCGUGUCCAUCCUGGGGCUGUCCGUCAAAGAGGACCCCUUCUACCUGCCUCCUGCCUACCUGCCUCCCCCCCAUGAGCAGCUCCACCACCCCUCCCAGCAGGGGCUGAUAUCAGCGGAGGUAGCGUUUUCUAGUUCUUUCUAUGCGCACAGCGAGCCCGGGCCCAACCCCUGUUACACAUCUUCCUUUGUGUUCAGCUACCCUGAGGGGGGGGGCACUUGUGGGGCGAACGUUAACCAGCGGACCAGCAGCAGCGAGCAGUCCUCAGACUCCCUGAGCUCCCCUUCCCUGCUGGCCCUGUGAGCGAGCUGCCCAGCGAACCACACGCACACGCUCACACACCCCAUCUUUACAGCACCGUAGAGUUAACCCUGCUCCCUUUGUACCGCAGACAAACUAGACAGCAUACACAGAUUUCACGCCUGCUACUGAAUUCUCUCCAAUGGUGUGGCUUUGCCGUCUUUUCUCUUUAUCGUUUAAAGCAAACUCCCGGGACGUCCUCAAUGACUCCGACAGUUGGAUCUUCAGAAGAGGAAGAAGAGGACUCAGCCCAAACAACCCCCACCACCACUGCCUCCUGGUUUUUUGACUGAUUGGAUUUGAGUAUAACCGCCUGCCCCUCCCUCCCCGCCUUCUUCUUUCUCAACCUCCCAGCUCCUGUCUUAGCAAUCUGGGGGGAAAGCCACUUAGAAAGCCCAGGGGAAGAGCUGUGAAAAGGAGGGUCCGGAGAUGACGGUAUGGCAGUGUAUUAUAUGGCUAGGCUCAGCAAGCCCACGCACGUCUACUGCUGUUAGUCGUUUUCAAAGUGGGUCUGUCAGGGAGUGAGCGUGCAUCCUGCAACCUUUAAAUAUGAUUUGUAUUAUUUACAGAUAAGAGCAAUGUUGUGUGUUGAACUCAAUGGAGUGAAAUAUAAACGUAUGUGUUUGGAACAAAUGCACAUUUACUGUGUGGAAUGCCCAUCAGCACAAUGUCUGUCUCAACCUAUUCACCAUGGCUUGUAUGCUCUGAGUCUUUUAAAUAAAGCGUCUUGCCUCUCACCUGUACAGCAACAUGCUCACCAUUUUACAUUAUUUUCUCUUGGACUUGAUAACUUGAUAGCUUACAAGCUAAACAUCUCAUAACCAUAAUCACAGUUAUGCAACACUGCCGAGCUCAGCAGGAGAACUCUUUCUCGUUAUUUGUUUAAAAUGAAAAACAGUGCUGAUGUGUAUGAUUGGUAGGUGGAGAACUUUCUCUAUUGAGGCUCCUUCCCUGAAACUUUCUCCCCAACUAACUCCUGCCCAUCAUGGAGGACUCUAGGCGGUUGCUAGGUUACACCCAAUCAUAACAGUGUUCUAUAAAUUCAGUGAAUUUACUCCUAUAGCAUACUUGUGGUGACCAUAGGAGCACACCCCUAUUCUGUGCUUGCAUGUGGAGGGGUAUUUGUGCUGUCACUUAUUAGAUAAAUCUCAUACCCAAUAGCCUGGAACCAGCUCUGCUAUACUUAUCCUUCCUUCACACAACAGAUUCACUGUUUUUCCCAAUCAAACACAUUGCAUACAAACAACAUUUCAGCUUGCUAUCUUUAAAUACUGCAUGGUUUAGUAAGUAAUCCAAACGUUUUUCAAGCGCGUGACCACCACCUAAUACACACAUUACAAUAAUAAUAAUAAUAAUAAUAAUAAUAAUAAUAAUAAUAAUAAUAAUAAUAAUAAUAAUAAUAAUAAUAAUGGUGAUUGUGUUGAAUAGGGUAUUUGUGCUGAUUGUGUCUUUGUUCUAACACUAUACCAUGGCUCAAGCGCCAGUAUUUAUUUUACUCGUAUUGAAGGAGAAACACACCUGCUAAUAACACAAAACUAGGACCAAACAACUCAUACAAUUCAAGGGGUCAAUACCAUUGCUCUAUACUGCGGCAGAUCUAAAUAGUAUCUUCAUUUAAAACACUGGAAAAUCUCCAUCAGUGUGUCUAAUUUAUAUACAGUGUGAUUCAUAAUUCAGGCAACAUUGUCACGUCAAACUGGAGGGUACGUGGAGGAGGAUGUGCAAAGGACAGUGUCUGUGACAGAGACACAUUGUGACAGAGACACUGUGACAGAGACACUGUGACAGAGACACUGUGACAGACACGCUGUGACAAAGACACUGUGACAGAGACACUGUGACAGACACGCUGUGACAAAGACACUGUGACAGAGACACGCUGUGACAGAGACACGCUGUGACAGAGACACAUUGUGACAGAGACACUGUGACAGACACGCUGUGACAGAGACACGCUGUGACAGAGACACACUGUGACAGAGACACGCUGUGACAGGGACACUGUGACAGAGACACGCUGUGACAGAGACACUGUGACAGAGACACGCUGUGACAGAGACACGCUGUGACAGAGACACGCUGUGACAGAGACACACUGACAGAGACACGCUGUGACAGGGACACUGUGACAGAGACACGCUGUGACAGAGACACUGUGACAGAGACACGCUGUGACGGACACACUGUGACAGACACGCUGUGACGCACCGUUUGGCCACCAAAGGGUUGUUCAAUAAUGUCAACAUUUAGAAUGAAAAAACAAUGCAAAACAACAGCGCAUGAAUUAUGAAUCCUGUAUUUUUGCCUUGGCAUGAUUGCUCCUAGUUCUAAAUGAAGAUUGAGGUCAUUAGAUCCACUGCUAGAUCUCUUUACAGCGCCCACGUUGUUUGUUUCUCUUUUUGUAACAUUGCUCUUGUCUCAUUUAAACAAAUCCAGCUGGGUUCAGUAUUAUUUAAUUUGGCAUCCAGAUAAUUGCAAUGUGAGAACAUCGAUUAUCAGCUUUGACCAUUGUACCUGCCCCCUCUCUGCAGUAAAGCCCCCCAACACUGUGAAAGGGUCCUUGGGGUGGAGGGCAACAUGCUUGUGCGCUGUGUCCUGGGGGUGAGGGUGAUGUGCAGAGUCUCUGCAGCUUGGGCACUGUUUAUAUUUUGAAGACUCUUAAGGAGGUCUUUAUUGUACAGAAUGUAAGAAAAUGUUUUCUGUGAAUUCAAAAGACAGCCCUCUCUCUCUCUCUCUCUCUCUCUCUCUCUCUCUCUCUCUCUCUCUCUCUCUCUCUAUCCUAAACUGACAAAAUAACCAUCAUGUAAUUUCAGUUAUUUUUGCAUGAGGAUGAUUGAGACAGGGAGGGGGUCUAUUUUUAUUAUCUCAGUCAUAUUACUGCCAUCCUAAAAGGACUGUGGAAUCUAUUUUUAUUAGCAUUGGUAACCUUAUCACUGCCAUUCGAAGUAAGGGUGGAAUGAUCAUUGUGCGUCAAUGACUCAUGAUACCUUCUUUACAUGAUAUAUCGUGAUAGUGGGCUGUAUCGGUUGAAUAGUGAUACACACCAGCUCAUUGGAGGUCACUAAAUGGUCCUUGAAUGAAUGUUCAGAGUGUUUUAUAGUUGGUAUGAACACUCUACUGGUCUUGUUUAAUUGUUGCCUUUUAGCAAAAUCGUCCAUCAUUAAGUUAUGCAUCACACAAGUAGCCCCUGAGGGACUUCUUGUAGAUUUUUCAGAUACCAUGUCCCUCCCUGUGCUGUGGGUCUCAUGGUCUAAUGUCCUGUCAUUGGAGUGAACCUGACCUACAUCCCAGGAAGCAACACCAAAAAAAAAAGCAUUUACCUGCCACAAGAAAUGUGGGCAGUGAUAAUACCAGAAACAGGAAUGGAUUUUAAAACCUGGCUAGCACUUAUUGAAAGGGGCUGCUCUGUUGCUGACUUCUUCAGAUUGUAUUCAGUGAUGCUAAUAAGGGGACAGCACCUGUUAGAUUAAUGCAGAGGCCUGAAUUGAAUGAAAGUUUAUGGCAGUACCAGAGCUUUAUAAUGGACACGUCACUUUGAUUGAAUCCAGGCCAGAUCAAGUUCAAUUGCGGAAUUUAGAUCUGCUACUGUUCAGAUAACUGAAAUAACCCCCAAGAAAUAAAAUGCUAUUAUUAUUAUUAUUAUUAUUAUUAUUAUUAUUAUUAUUAUUAUUGCGCAUAUUGGGGAAAAUCUUGCACUAUAAACUUUUUUAUAUCAAAUAAAUAUGUAUGUCAAGUAUAAAUUUUAGAAUACAGUAACUUAUUUUGUUUUUAUUCUAAAUGUUUUUUGGUUUUUUUUUUAAGGUUAGCAAUUUUUAAAGCAAAAAAAAACAUAACGAAAAAAAAUAAAAACAGCCUUUCACUGCCUUUUGCCACUAUGGUAUACAUGAUAUAUAUUAUAAAAUGUCUGUAUAUAUUUAUUUGCCGUUAGCAUUAGUUACUUCUACUGCGAACAAUGAGGACUUUGUGAAGGAAUGUGUUUUUAAUUCCAGUGUGUUUCUGUGUUUUAACUGGGAUUGGGAAUUCAUGGAUGUUACAUAGCGCUCAGAAAAGAAUCCGAAAAGAUUUAGGAAAACAAUCCAUGUGAAAAUACAUAUAUAGAGUUCCCUGGGGUCCACAAUGUGGACAAACAAUUAUGGCAAACAUUUAGGCUAAAAGUCUUUUUCAAUGUCCAGAAACCAGGACCAAAAGACACAAUAGGAAAUGAAGAUUAAGGACAGUAGAGAGGGGAUGGAAGGGGCUAUCCGGUCGUGUAGCUGAGGUACAAUCACUGGGAUCCUUUGAGACCCAGCAUGACAAAGUUCUGAGAUCCAUCAGCUGCUAGGAACCAGGCGAGCGCUGAUGGGCAGAAUCUCGUUCGUACAUUUUCUUAUGUUCUUUCUGUUUGUCAUGGAAUUAGAUGACCUUGAAAAAGACUUCUCAUCGAAAUGUUGGACAAAGAAGCCUGUGUUAAAUAUCUAAAAUGACUGUAAAAUAUGUACUGUGUUUAAAACAAGUUGAAUAGCCUUUGCAUAGAUAUUUUGUUUAAUACAUUAGGCCUGGUGGUGCUUUGAGCAUGGUCAGUUUCCACUGUAGCUGCUUCUAUCGCUGUGCUGUUCAGCGUUUGCUUCAAUGAUGCAUUCUGGGCAGGAUGUUGUAAACAGCUGAUGGGAGCUUCCUCUUUGCAGCUGCCUGGCUCUUGUUGCUCUCUCACCUGUUAGUGCACCAAGAGCUAUCUCUUGUACAGGUGCUGGGUAACUGUAGUGGUACACAGCUCCCCCUAUGGGCCACAGUGGAAGUUGCAACUGUCUGAUCCCAGCCUUGCCACCAGCCUGUAUAUAAACAAGGUUUAUACUUUGAGACAAGCAUACGCUCAAAAUAUAUAAUAUGUGUAAAUAAUAUAUCAUGCAUAUAGAGCACGGCCAUUGUAACCCAUUCCAGUGUAAUAUUAUGGUAUGCACUGGCGGUGUGCUUGAGUUUAUUUUUCAUAUGGAUUGUAAUGUUACAGAGACAUGUGCUGUGAACGGACCCAGAAUCAAUGCAGCGCUCCUGCCUCUCAUCAGCGCCAACGUGAGUCUCUUGUCUUUUACAUAAAGGUUUGUAUUUUUUUGUAUUUUCCUGGACUACAGUUAAUAACGUCACACUCUGUUCUAAUGAUUGCUGUUUGUAUUGAGUUAUGUAGUGAUUACAGAUGCCACACAUCUGUGUUUGUAACUUAUACAUUCCUGUAAACACCUUUCAACUCACCAGGCCAUAUUUUCAAAGCGUUUCCUCCAUUCUUUAAUUAACUCCUAUUUAUGAAAAGGACAAACAAUCCUGUUGAGAGCGCUCAAGAGAGCUUGGAUUAUAUGAUUUCGUUAUUUGGUUCUAGUUUUGUAAAAUGAACAGGACUUAAUUAGAUUGCAGUAAACCCUGUGUAAAGAAGUUAGUAAACCCUGUGUAAAGAACUUUGCUGGAUACGUCACUAAAAAACAGUUUUCAAUAUUUUAAGAUUUUUGCUCAUAGUGAAAUAGGAGGCACUGUAUAGGAUAAAGCAUAUGUUAUAAUACAUGAAUGAUUCAUAUCAGAUAUGGAUAAUGUGAUAUGAAUUACAUGAUAUAUUAUACAUUUAUUGCUGAUGUAAUAUGACUUAGCAGAUUGUAAAUGUAUAACCAAUACUUCAACAUAUAUUUCCAUAAACUACCUGAUCCUACAACGGUAUUGUAAAGUCUUAGUUACUGAAGAGUAAAUCACAUCAAAUGCAUUUCAAUAGAUUUGCUUUACAGUGCUUUUUUAUUCUAGAAAUUCUAGAACUGAACCUCACCAUCCAGCUAGAGCAGAGAUUCUAGAACCAAACCUCACAAACCAGCUAGUGCAGAGAUUCUAGAACCAAACCUCACCAUCCAGCUACAGCAGAGAUUCUAGAACCAAACCUCACCAUCCAGCUAGAGCAGAGAUUCUAGAACCAAACCUCACAAACCAGCUAGAGCAGAGAUUCUAGAACCAAACCUCACAAACCAGCUAGUGCAGAGAUUCUAGAACCAAACCUCACAAACCAGCUAGUGCAGAGAUUCUAGAACCAAACCUCACCAUCCAGCUAGAGCAGAGAUUCUAGAACCAAACCCCAUCAUCCAGCUAGAGCAGAGAUUCUAGAACCAAACCUCACAAAACAGCUAGUGCAGAGAUUCUAGAACCAGACAUCAUAAAAAGAAAGAACAUAGGGAAUGCCCUGAACUAUAGAUCUAACAUAUUUCUCUUUCUCUCUCUCUCUCUCUCUCUCUCUCUCUCUCUCUCUCUCUCUCUCUAUCUCUCUCUCUCUCUUUCUCUCUCUCUCUAAGUCUGGAGCAUCUACUGUGCCCCAGAGUGCGCGUCUCUCGCUUUGUGAUAUACUGUGAAACCAUUGAGAAGCCAGGCCUGGCCUCUGGGGGGGAUAUAAAAUGAAUGGGGAAAUAACAAAAUAUGA